CGUCCGCGUCUAGCUGUAAUUCUGGGGUUCUCUUUCACUCAAUCGGGUGUUCGAGUCGGGAACUGCGGAACGGAACACGACGACGGGCAGGAAUCCAAACCGCUUGCCAGCCAGUGUACAGUAAGUGAAAGAACGCCGCCAAGAACGAACGUCUCUGUCCGCUUUUUUUACAGUGUCGAUAUAGUGCCGGUGUUUGUCCAGCCCCGCAUGCUUGGAUCUUUUUCUUUUGGAAAUACAGUUCCCGUGGUGAGAGAAGAAAGCGGGCUUAACCUCUUCGUGCAAAAACCGGAAGGAGGUGAAGAACAACCGGAGUAGUUCCGGCCCGCAGAACCAGAAGCAGCAGGAACAGUUACUUCCGGGAGUUCCGAGUGCAAACAGGCGAGUGAUAGAUAGAACAACGGAAUGUGUCUGCUGGAUCUGGAAUUCAGACAAAGAUAAUGAAGAACAGGCGUUCCCAUCCAAGGAAACCAUGUGAAUAAGAUUAUGGCUUUCGAGCCCCCCGAUUCCCAAGAAAUAUAACUACUCAAAGUGCAAUAUUUUCUAAGAUAGUAGGAUUAAGCUCAAGAUUACAGUUAAGUGACCAGCAACUCAGCGCUGACUAGAUCUCCCCCGACAGUGUGAAACCGACAAAUUUAAGUGGAUAAAGUGUGAAGAGCAAAGAAAUUGAAUCGAAGAAGGCCUCUGAAUCUGGAUAAGUUCGGAAAAAAGUCUCAGAACCAAAGUGUGCUUCGAUUGCUUGAUGGAUAAAUUUUGUGGAUUGCUGCAAUUGAAUCGGAAGAAGAAUAAAACCAAUAACGGAGCGAAGAAGUUUUGCUGUUUGAUCGUGUGUGAUUAUGACAAGAAGUGACAACAACUGACAGGUGCCGAGUGCCAAGAAUACAAACAGAGAGCGAACCUCAAUAAUUCCCGAGUGCUUUGUCGGAUUACCAAACACAACCCAACAGGAUUGAAGUGACCACCAAUAGCAACGCAAAAUGCCGAAGAUCAGCUUGAUUAAGCACCGGAUCCACCAGGAGCAGUUGCGCCUGCUCGAGUCCCAGAAGAAUGCCAACUUUGGCGAGGGGGGCUUCGGGAGCGAACCGCUGUCGCUGGUAUCGCGCAAGAAGGACCACAAAGAGGGCGCAGAUCGCGACAUCUUCAGCGAGGAGAACCGCCUGAGUCCGCCAUGCCGCGAGACGUCCUCCUCGCCCUCAUCGUCCAUCUUCAGUUCGGUCGUCCAAGCGGCCCAGAACCUGUCAGUCAACCAGAGAAGCAGUCCCGGCUCACCGCCGGCGGUGCCCCUGUUUCUCCAGCGCAGCUUCGCCAAAGAACCUUCGGAACCCGCACCCAUCCCGGCCCCGACGCCGGGGCGUCGCUUCUUCUCGUCCAUCACCGGCGGCGACAUCCCCUACGGCGGAAGCCGCCCAGGACACGUGCUGACACAGGCCGAGCGCAAAGUCUACCCCCCAAGCCGGCCCCUCACUCCUCAGCAGCAACAACCCCCGGUGGAGAAGAAGGAUCCCCACAGCAAUCAGUCACAGCCGGCGGCCCGCGAGGAACGCAAUGUCAUCACGGAGGAACGUCCGGUGGUCUCGGUGGAACCACGAUCACCACCCCCAAAAGACCGCGUCCCGACGCCACCCCCAGCGCCAGGACCCGUCGUGCGCUGCUCCGUCAUCCAGCGAGCCCCACAAGCCCCUCUGUCCCCACGGAGACCCACAGUGUCCAGCCCGGACAGCAGCCCCAAGGCAGUGGAUCUGAAGGUGCGCCCCACAGAGCUGGAACCCGAGCAGGAACAGCCCAUCGAUUACCACAUACCAAAACGCUGCGAAGAUGGCAAGGAGAACAAGAAGGAGGACGAAGAGCGGGAGAAGAAGAUGCGCGAGGCCCGACGGGAGGCCAUCCUGAGGAGACAUCUCCUCUCAAUGCGCUACCGAUACGGUAAGCUGAAUGGAAUCAUGCAGGCUGCGGCCGGACACGGUCGCUCCUCAAGCGGCGGAGGACAAGCCGGAGGCGGUCACAGCGGACACAGCGGUGGCGGAAGUAUCAACUUCUCUUCCGGAUCCGGAAGCCUUGGAGGAGCUAGCGGAGGCAGUGGCGGUGCAAUCGGUGGAGGUGGAGGAGCCGGAGGUGGCAUGGGAGGAGGACGCGACGGACGGUCCAACUAUGGCCCGAACAGCCCUCCAACCGGAUCUCUGCCACCCUUCUACGAAAGCCUCAAAGGCGGCAACGCUGGGCUCAACGGCUACAACGCCAACGGAGGCUUCCUCAACACCAACUGGAACAACAUGGACUGCGACACCACUCAGGAUCUAACCAACAUAGGAGCCUACACGGAUGCUAACGGGAACAGCAGUACGAACCCGUCCAAACAAUACUCCAUGCUUCAGAACGCCUACGGCAUAGCGCUCAAGGAUGAAGCAGACCUCGACUACGACUCAAAGAUGGACUCCUUCUCCAACCUAUACGGCAACUACGACGUCAACGAUUCCAUGAUGGCCGAAAUGAACGGCGUCGGUGUCGACCCGCUGCACCUCACCGCGACACUCACCUUCUCCUCGCCGGGAGACAGCGCCCUGCUGGACAGUUUCACCGACGCCGUCGACCUGAGCCACUUCCUGAAUCGUCUCCCCUCGGACGAGCAGUCCAGUAGCUGCAACGAUCUGGAACUAACCUCCACCCCAUCGCUCACCCCCGAUUCCGUGUCCACCUCCCUCCAACAGGUCGACCACCACGACGGCCUCGACCAAUACCCGGAACACCUGCUCCUCUCCCGAAGCUACAACGCCACCUUCAACAACACCCCCAAAUAUAUGCAACCACCGCACCCACACCAAGAGAAUCCCCCCAGCUACCAAUCCUCCCACCAGUUCCACUCCCUCAGCAACUUCGACCUCGACUCCCACAGUAACCUGUCCCUUCCCUCCCCCAACAGCCACUCCCUCCAAUCCCCCUCCUCAUCCUCCUCUCCACCAUCUUCCUCCUCAUCAUCUGCCACCGCAGCAGCAGCAGCCGCCGCCGCCGCCGCAUCCCUAGCCGCCGCCGGCCUCCCGGGCCAUGGCCCCCACGUAGUGGCUCUUGGUGCCCCAUCACCGGUCACCGCACCGCCCCCGGGCGUCGUCGCCUCAACCAUCCAAAACCUCGGCCUCCCGGCGGAAGUCCAGCUGGAGUUCGUGAACGGUGGCCACGGCAUCAAGAACCCCCUCGCGGUCGAAAACAUCCCCGGCCGGCUCCGGGACGAGGACAAACACCACUCGAAGCUGCUCCAGCAAACGGAAGUCCUGAAAGUCUCCAUCGAUGAAACCGGCGCCGACCAGCAGAGCAAGUUCGUCUGCCGGAUAUGCCAGAAGUCGUUCACGUUGCAGCGGUUGCUCAACCGGCACAUGAAGUGCCACUCGGACGUCAAGCGGUACCUGUGCACGUUCUGCGGCAAGGGGUUCAAUGAUACGUUCGACCUGAAGCGGCACACCCGGACGCACACCGGCGUCCGGCCCUACAAGUGCAAUCUGUGCGAGAAGUCGUUCACGCAGCGGUGCUCGCUGGAGUCGCACUGUUUGAAGGUGCACGGCGUGCAGCACCAGUACGCGUACAAGGAGCGGCGCACGAAGAUGUACGUCUGCGAGGAGUGCGGCCACACGACCAACGAACCGGAGGUCCACUACCUGCACCUGAAGGAGAAGCACCCCUACUCGCCGGCCCUGCUCAAGUUCUACGACAAGCGCCACUUCAAGUUCACCAACUCACAGUUCGCCAACAAUCUCCUGGGCUCGUUCCCGAUGCCUGUUCAGAACUGAAUUUGAUCGUUUUUUUGUAUUUGUGCAGUGGAACGCGCACACCUUUAUACGCGCACAACCAGUAGAGAGAGAAUCAAAAAGACACACGAAGGGCGGCCGGGCGGCGCUCGGCACGAAGGAGGCAUUGGCGACGGCGACAAAUCAACACAAAAAAGGAUAAGACAAUUUACACUUACUAACAAUUAUUUAUUUGCUGCAAUAUUAUUUUAUACUACCCCUUACUAAUACCGAGACGGUGACGGGGACGCGACGCGACGCGUCCCGGAUCGUUGAACAGAUGAAGUAGAUGAAGAAUCGUAGGUUAGGUUAGGUUAGGAGAGCGCGUAUCAAGCAAAUCCUAUCUCUUAGGGAAGGAAUGUGUGUGUGUAAUUUGGACUGGACAGGAGACAGACAGGGGCGUACGCAGGGAUAGGACGCCCAUGAAAUGAUGAAGGCUUUUUUAGAUCGUAGGACAACUGUAUUAUUUUAAAUGAUUCUCUUUUCGAAACAAGUUAGUAUUUGAAGGCACGCGUGGAAUGCUAAGAGAGAGAGAGAGAGAGAGGUUAGGAAAAGAGAUUUUUUUCAAGGGAGAGAGAAUGCCGGCUGGGACCGCUUCUCGCGUUGAUUGUUUUUCGAUGAGUUGCGGAUUUUCGGAGAGGAAGAGAGAAAAAGUGUGGAAAUACAGAUAAGUGUAGUAAAAUGCACGAAAUUUUUCGUAGACAAUUUUUUUUGUAAUGAGAUGUGAAAAUAUCAAAAAGGACGAAGAAAAAAAAAGGAAAGCAAGCUCAAACGCUCACAAAAAGUAAAAAAAAAACGACAUAAGCUCACACCAACACACAAAAGAAGGAAACAACAAUUCAAAAGUCUGAAUAGAUG